AUGUCGGGAGCUGUUAGAGAGGCUGCGAGCCAACUGGUCAAGAGUUUAGAAAGACUUCCACAGGAAAGAGUCAAGCAUAUUGUGUCGCUCAAAGAAUCUCAGUUGGAAAGAUUCAAACCAGUUGCGGGCCUGGAGACGAAUACUCAAGACUCCAAACAGAGACCAUCACUUCAAGACAUAAAAGACAUCAUCAGUAGAACUUCGGGACCCUUGGGUUUGCAGAAAGAUGUGUUAAAAAAGGUCAAUAGUAUGUUACCUCAAGAGCAUUACACAGUCGAAGCCAUUCAGGAACAAUCACAGGCCCUCAAUAACCUUUUGAACAAUAAGUAUAAAAACUAUUACGCAGUAGGUGAGAAGCUGAUGAAGCCACAGGGUAAUCCACACUACUACCAGCGUCUAAUGGACGAAAUCGAUGGUAAGAAAAAGGAAACUUUCUGGACAGCGAUGAGAACAGUUGUAUUUGGCAAGUAA